UCCCGCACUGUUCAGAGUGGAGCACAGCUGGGGAACGCUCCAGAGUUGUGUAGGCCUGCUACACUGAGCUUUACUCAUGGAUACCAGCAGAACAUUUACAGUCUAAGAGAAGACCAGAUAAAGAAGCCAUGCAGCGAAUAGCAGGAGGCUGCUGGGAUGCUAUGGAUCUGUUUACUGGAGUUUGUUUUGUUUUCAGCCUUCAGACAUUGCUUGUUUACGGUCAGAAAGGUGAUGGGUGUGGGCACACUGUUCUGAGCCCCAGGAGUGGUACAGUUGCUUCACGGAAUUACCCAGGCACCUAUCCCAACCACACACACUGUGAAUGGAGUCUAAGGGUGCCACAGGGCCACACUCUCCACCUGACCUUCGGCGACUUUGACCUGGAGUGGAGCCAUGACUGCAGGGCCGGCUCACUCACAGUUAUAGACAAAAGUGGAGUAAUCACACUGGGACCUCUGUGUGGGCAGCUGGCUGCCUCCAGCAGAAAUGUAUCUGUGAAGAGUAGUGAAGUCACUGUGCGCUUUGUGUCCAGCACCCACCGGUCUGGACGAGGCUUCCUGCUGUCAUACUCCACCAGCCAACAUCCAGACCUCAUCUCAUGUCUUCAACGCGGAAGCCAUUUCAGCUCCCAGCAGAUCAGCGCGUUCUGUCCUGGGGGCUGUAAGGAUGUGGUUGGAGAAAUCUGGGGCCACUAUGAGCAAGGCUACCGGGAUACAUCUGUGCUGUGCAAAGCUGCUGUCCAUGCAGGGGUCAUAUCAGACAGCCAGGGAGGCACGAUCAAUGUGACCCAGCAGAGGGGCAUCACACUCUAUGAGUCAAGCUUUGACAAUGGAAUUCUGUCCAAAACGGGUUCAUUGUCAGAUAAGAGACUUGUCUUCAGCCGAGUCGGUGAUAGUCCACUAGUGGUGACAACCUACAAUGCCUCGUCUCUGUGGGAGGAGGAGGACAGGUUGGGCUGGCCUUUGGAGGACAGGGGCGUCAAAGGUCAGGGUCUGAGCUGGACAGCCAGCGUCCAGGAUGAACAGCCAUGGUUGGAGCUUGAGUUGUGGAACCGGAGCAGCAUCACAGGAAUAAUAACAAAGGGACUGCCAAACAUGUACAUUGAGACUUAUACCCUCAUGUACAGCAAGGAUCGCAAAAUCUGGAAGGUUUAUAAGGAUCCAGCCAGCAAAGAGAAAAAGGUGUUUGAGUCUUAUUCUGAUGGCCACACAGUUGCCUUCAACACCCUGCUGCCUCCAAUAUCAGCUCGCUACCUCCAGCUCCGACCGCAGCGCUGGCAUGGCAGGGCGUCUGCAGAGGUGCAGGUGCUGGGCAUUCCCUUGCCCCCUAUCCGGCCCCGCUCUACCGGUACUGGUUCUACUGUGUUGAAGCUGAACCCUACUAAAAUCGUGCAUCAAGUUUCUACUGAGAGUCCUGUGAUGACCAAAAGCCUAAAUGAAAGCUCCAGCCAGUCAUUAAUGUUGCUGGUGGGUGUGAUUCUGGGCGUAGCUCUAUGUCUGGGGUGUUUGUUUGCAGGUCUUUUGUGGAGGAGAAGGAAAAAGGCUGUGCAUAUGAAGAAGUGCUGCCUUGACUCAGGCUCAGAAAGUUUCAAUGGAAAGAAGUUGCCUUAUGCAGACUCUGAGCUCAUUGCCUACCCUCUGACCAGGAGCGUCCACGAUACUCUUCCAAACCCUCCUCUUAAUGACUAUGCUGAGCCUGACGUGUUAGCAGGUGGGCAGAAGGUGGGCCUCACCUUCCGUCCAGAGUUGGAGGAGGGAUACACUGUCCCGUUUGCCCUCAACCACUACGACACCCCGGGACAGCUGCCUGAGUAUGCCGAGCCCUUGCCUCCCGAACCGGAAUAUGCAACGCCCUUUGGUGAGCAGUGCCCAGACCCCUCCAUCCCUCCACAACUGGACACACUACACCCCCACUCUCAGCGGUUCCAGACAGUCUCUGGUACUCAGGUGGAGAGGGUUUUACCAGGCCAACCAGAGUAUGACUGUCCUGCUCACCGUGGUCUCUCUAACGGAUACUGCACUCCAGCCUUUAACGGCACUUGCCCACGGAAAGCUAGUGUGAUCUACACGGAACCGCAGCCUCUAGAGCCACUUCUGCAGCAUACCUACCACGAGCCCCUAUAACUAACCAUAGCAGGCUCUAUAGAGGAGACAUGCAGUCAUACUAAACCUCUCUAACUGCUGCUUCAUGCCUUCCAUUUCAGUACUGUUUCUAGCAGGUCCACAUUGACAUGGCCUCAUACUUAGUUGUUGGAUUAACCAUUGGAGAGGCUAGAGAUUGAGACAACGUAAAUAUGCACUUUCCUGGAAAAUUACUCUUAUGUAAUAAAAUUUAAUUGAUUAAUAUCAAGCUAAGGGUUUCCACACAAUGUGCCAACGUCCAUAUGAAAACGCAAAUGUCACGUAACUGACGUUUUAAUACAGUAUGAUUAAUUUGCUUCUGUCUUUCAAAAGAGCUAAUUCUGGCAUCACUACUACUAAUAUAAUUCAUUUUAUCUGUCAUAAAUCAAAACAAAACUAAUCAAAUCAAAAUAAAUAAAUCAAAACUUCAAUGAAUAAAUAAUUCCUAUUUAAAAUUAUAAAUAUUUAUUUUAAAUAUUGAUAUAAUUUAACUAAACCGUGCAUUAUGCAGCAAGCCUCUCCAUAUUUUAUAUUUGACAUUUUUGAUACUUCACUCUUCUAGCAUGCUGAAAGUACACAACGUUAUACAGCUAGCAACAAAAAAAACAGAAGGAUGAUAUACCACAGUUACUAUAUAAAAACAAAGCUUAGGCCAUUCACAAAAAAUCUUUACAGUGACAAAGGAUUGUGUAACUUGUGUAUCUUAAGCUGAUAUCUGAUUAGCUAACUAAGGCUACCUUAGCCCAGGACAAGUAUAAUCCUGUUCAAAAAUCUACCCAUCCUUGUCCUACGAGUGGCCACUUGUGUAACGUUGAUGUUUCACACUUCCAAGUUGUGAGCUGAGGUCAUUCAAAACAUGUUAAAAAGGUACUGAAAUGGAAUGCUGAAACAUUUAGAACUGUGAAUGCCAAAAAGAGAGAGACUAUAGGUGUCAUACACUAUCAAUAACCCUCAAAACCCCAUUCACCCCAUGCACUGCCUGAUUAACAUUUCUACAAUGAUGCAUACUUUUCUGACAUAGAUGUGUUCUGGACAGUUUCAGGCACUCAUAUGUACAUUAUUGGUUAAUUUCUGUUCAGUCAUGAAUUAAUUUGCACAAGAUUUUUUUAAACCAUUAGUGCUAAUCAGUGACUGUAAAAAAAAAAACAUGGACAUCACAGUUUAAUUCUCUUCCAUUUCAUAUAAAUUAAGACAAAAUUGUCUGCCAUUCUGCCAUGUUUGUAACCACAUAUGUGUUGCCUGAACAGUAGAGACUAGACCAUUUGUACAGGUUGGAAUUAGACACUGGAAAUGGAAAGGAUUUAGAGAAAGUGAAUGAGAUGGAAUAUUAGCAGUUUUAUCAAUAAAACAUGUAAAGGGGCGGAGCUACACAUCUUAUACUGCAUCCAGACAGCAGAGGUUGUGCUGUUCAUGAUUUUCUUUAGUCACUGGUUCUAAUUCAUACAGUGAAUGAGUUCUGAGAUAUGUGUGUUAUAUGUACUACUGCUGACUAAUGACUGACACACUGAAAUUAGUCUGCUUUAUAAGAAGUUGCGGAUCUGGAGUUAUUUGAGAUUAUCUGAUGGACCACUGACCUUCUGCGUAUUUAUAUAAGUGUAUGUGAUCUUUUGAUAGAACCUAAUCAAAAUAUAUAUAGAAAGCUCUGUAUAUCUGUAAAAUAAAGCUGUAAUGCAUUGUUUUUAUAGAAA